AUGCAGAAAUCCGGUUGUAAAAUAAGUUUGGCUAUCAAAAGUUAUCUUAAACCUUCAAAAAAUUCAAAAGAAUGGAAGUAUUGUGAAGUUAAAGUAUUAAGUAAAAAGCUAUUAACAAAUUUUAAUGAAGCUUCAAAAUUGACCAAUAAGUUUUUAACACAAUCUUCUACCGAAGCUGAAUCAUACCUACCAAAAAAAUUUUUAAAAAAAACAGUAGCAGCUGCAGCAAUUGCGAUGAAAGUGAUUCAAGCCUUCCAUUAUUACCAUCAUUUUCAAAAACUGAUGACAAAAUACAAACAAUUAAUGCUGAUGAAUGUAUUUCAACUAAUGAUGUAUGUGAAAAAAAAUACUGUUAACAAUUUGUUUACCCUUGAUAUUAAUUCAUCUACAGAAGAAAAAACAGGUAAUACAGAUAAUGAUUCUGUGCUUGAGAAUUUACUGGCUGACGAUUAUAACUGGAUAAAUAAUGUUUCAAUGAUUAAUAAUAAUUGUGAUAAUAAUGAAGAUAACAUUAUUAUACUAAAUUCAAGUGUUCAAAUAGAAAAUAAUGAUGUAAAAGCUGAUAGUGUAGAAACUAUUAACCCGAAUUGGAUUCAAGAAGAUCCAGCAGUUCAAAAACAAAUUAUACGUCAAUUAGUUACAUUAAAUGCUAGAAGUAAGGAACAUGGAGAAUAUUUGCACACAAUUAUGAUGAUUUUGAAUGACAUGCAAGAAAGACAAAAAAUAUCUACUGAUCAACUAUCUGCAACAUCAUCAUCUAGCCAUGAAUUUGAAAAAAUUUAUGAAACUUUACCAGUAUCAAGUGAAGAAUCAUUAAAUAUUUUACAAAAUGCAUUAACUAACAAUGACACUUUAUAUAAUAAAACUGUAAAAAUGUUGUCCCUAAUUGGAGGAGGAGAUGUUAAGGACUAUACUGGUCACAAAAAUUCCAAAAAUGCAUUUAAUAAAACCAUUUUGUCAUCACUACUUAUAAAAGCUAUACAUUCAUCUGUACAUUUGGCUGAUAAAUCAAUUAAAGAAAUUGAAACAAUUGCAAGCAUUUGGCUAAGUAAAACUGGUGAAAGAUCAAAAAAUAGAAAUUAG